AGGACCUCUAGCUUUGUAAACACGAGCAACCUUCGCACUUAUCAUUUGGUAUCAGAGCAUUGGUCGACAUCCUUUGGCCGGCUCUAGAGGGAGUACCGCAAGAUCCUACUAUGGCUAUUCUUCAAUCAAUUCAAGGUAUGGUGGAAAUGAUGAGGGAAGAUAGGCAGGAAAGAAGGGUGCAACAACGAAGAGAAGAACGAGUCUUACAGGAAGAUGAAGGUAUGUUUGACUUCGAUGUCCAAGAAAGACAAGUUGGAGGAAGAGGAAGGAAUAACUUUGCCAACAUUAUGCAACCGAGGAGAUUGGAAAGAGUUCAUGAAAAUAGAGAUGGCAGAGUUAAACUCAAAAUUCCAGCGUUUCGUGGAACAGCGGACCCCGAGGCUUACUUACAAUGGGAAAGGAAGAUAGAGCACGUGUUUGAUAGCUAUACAUAUAGUGAGAAUAAGAAGAUGAGACUUGUCAUUGCCGAAUUCAUUAAUCAUGCUAAUGCAUGGUAUCAACAUCUCAAAUCCGAGAAAAGAAGGAAAGAGGAGUUUCCAAUAGAAACUUGGGAAGAACUCAAAGAAGCCAUGAGAAAGAGGUAUGCUCCCAAACAUUAUAAAAAUGAUUUGAAAACUAAACUGCAWGCUUUGAGGCAGGGAACAAAAAGUGUUGAUGAGUAUUAUCAAGAGAUGGUGAUUUUAAUGGAAAAAGCACACAUUCGAGAAGAAGAGGAAGAAACCAUGUCUAGAUUCCUUGGAGGUGCACCAUCAAUAAAUGACGAAGAAGAUUGUGAAGUCACCGUGCGUGCUAACUUUUGGAAUGAUCCAAUAGUAGAAUUUCUCCAAGGUGUACAAGCAGAAAUCAAAAAUGAAAGACAUAAAUUAAGAAGACAGGGGUAUUACUUGCCACUGUCGAAAUGCUUAACCACCAAUGAAGCAGAGUAUGGAUCUGCGAAGUACAUGAAGGAAUUUGUGGAAGUUAUAGUUGAAGGGAUCGGAUCUCGUAGCGGAAGCGCGUGA